AUGGUUUCUCCUUGGUUGGCACUGAUUCCGGUCGGUGUACUAAUAAUCACUCUGAUAUUAUUCCUAGUGCUGUACUUCUCGACUCCAUCACGUAAAAAUUUUUUAUUGAAUAAGAAACAUGCUGUAGUUACCGGAGGAUCAAAGGGAAUUGGAAAACAAUUAGCACACUCUUUGAUAUCAAGAGGCUGUAAUGUUUCAAUUAUAGCAAGGAAUGAAAAAGACUUGAAGGCUGCGUGUGAGGAUCUCCAAGUUGCUGCUGAUCAACGCUGUCAGCAACAAAAAGUUCGAUGUUACUCUCUAGACCUUGUUAAAGGCUUUGCUGAGGUCGAGGCAGUUAUCCGCCGUGUUGAAGCAGAGUUAGGCCCUGUGGAGGUGCUUAUUAACAAUGCUGGAACAAGUGUGCAGGCACCCUUCCAUGAGCAACCAAUUACUGACUUCGAAAAUCAAAUGAAAGUCAACUACUUGAGUGCCGUGUAUGCCACCCGUUGUGUGGUACCUGGCAUGAUGUCCAGACGCUCCGGGCAUAUUUCUUUUGUUUCCUCAGCCGCUGGUCAAUGUGCUAUCUAUGGUUACACUGCGUACGCGCCGGCGAAAUUCGCCUUGAGAGGAUUCGCUGAUGCACUGCAGAUGGAACUCAGCCCUUAUAAUAUCAACAUCUCUUUGCUGUAUCCUCCAAAUACGGAUACUGAAGGCUUCAAGGUGGAAUCAGCUACGAUGCCUGAAGAAACACGGUUGAUUUCUGAGGCUGCAGGACUUUUCUCUCCAGAGCAUGUUGCUGAGGCCCAUGUUAAAGACAUUGAAGGCGGACAUUACGCUACAUCGAUAGGUCUUGAUGGAUGGAUGUUAAGUGUGCUUACAGCCGGGGCAUCCCCAGAACGUAAUAUGUUGAGAGCAGUUACUCAGGUUAUACUGGCUGGAUUAUUCCGAGGCAUCAUGCUUAUUUAUAUAGGAUAUUUCUAUGGCAUCGUGAAGAAAUGCUAUCGAAGAAGAAAAUCCGAAAAAGAAACACAGCUAAGGUUUCCUGUAGCGAAUGAGAGCAACAAGAAGUCGGAUUGA